CACGGGCACGGCACCAACGGCACCGCGAGCGAGAGAGAAAAAGGCUAGCGGCGCUUUCGCGUGAAAUGCCGAGUGGAGGGUCUGUUUGAAUGGGUGCGGCAUUCACCACUUUUCGAAGUCUUCGUCUCCCAAGCCAUGCGUUGGGCUGCUUCAGAAACGCCGCCCUAAACACGCCACGACUUCCCGACGCAUUGGCACAACUUCGACACUCUUCGACCCUUCCGUUUCCAAGCCCGUCGAAAAAAAUCUACGAGGUUUCGGGUGUUUGAUCCGGAAAGAUCGGGCCCUCCCGCGUCGCUGUGACGUCUCCCGUCGGCCAGGCCAAUGGGAUAUUUGCUAAGGAUUUGCGUGCGCAGUGGCUUUAAAGGUCAUGAACUCUAACCUUCCCGUGUCGCGGACACUUCGACGCCGACGCCGGAGCAACAAGCCGCCGCGUUCGCGGGUACCGCUACGCCGCCCGCCUAGCGUGACGACGACUCGCUUGGGGUCACACCGCCGGCGCAGCAGGCAAGGUCAGUUGUGUGGUCGCCGUGCCCUUUGCGCUUGGAGGAAAGUCGCCCGUGCAACCUGUGACAACCGGCCUGAGGCGGAGGGCCAGCGAGCUCUGCGCUAGCAGCUGCACGCGUCAAUUUUCUGCACGCGCGCUGCCGUGCUGACCCGUAGUACGACUCCGGCUGUCAUCGCGCUGCCAGCACCACGAGAGCAGCAUUUCAGGCAAGUGGGGCAGCAUGGAGUGCUGAAAGCAGCACUUAAGGAGUCCAGCCAAUGGCUUCAGUGGACUCUCAAGACAGCGUAGACGUUGUGGAUGUGAAGGAGGAGCGGCACAGCCCGACAUCGCUGGCUGGGGGAUCAGACAAUGGGAGCAGCCCCGGAAGCCCUGAGUCUGGCGAAACCCAGGAAAACGGCGCAGCGCUCGGUGCGGAGUGGCUCGCGCUACGGCUGCACGAGCUGCAAGAACCACGGCGCGGUGCUACGGCGGCUGCGUCCGUGCUGCCCGCGUCGAACGUCAUCGAACAGUGCGUGGUGUGUGGGGACCGUGCGUCGGGCCGCCACUACGGCGCUGUGAGCUGUGAGGGCUGCAAAGGCUUCUUCAAGCGCAGCAUCCGCAAACAACUGGCGUACACGUGUCGUGGCAGCCGGGACUGUCAGGUGACCAAGCACCACCGGAACAGGUGCCAGUACUGCCGGCUGCACAAGUGCCUGUCCAUGGGCAUGCGUGCCGACUGGUCCAGGCUGAGCCCGUCGUCCGGACCCCUGAUCUCAGAGGAGCAGGCUCUCUUCCACGUGACCCUUCCAACGACACCGUUGGGCGGGGCACUCAAUGUGCAUUACGUCUGCGAGAGCGCCUCCCGUAUCUUAUUUCGGUCGCUGCUCUGGACGCGGACCCUGCCGGCGUUUGAGGAGCUGCCGGCGUCACUCCAGCUGACACUCGUGGAAUCGGCGUGGAGCGAGAUUUUCACCCUGGGGCUGCUCCAGUGCGCGGAGCAGAUGCAACUCUCCACGCUGCUGUCGACAGUGUCGUCCCACCUGAACGCAAAGGGCGGCCCAGCCAGCGACAUCAUGGGCAGCUCUCAGCGUGCCCAGGUGUCAGAGCAUGUGGCUGCCCUGCAGCGGCUCCUCUCAGCGACGCAGAGGUUGCAACCUGAUGACCAGGAAUAUGCCUUGCUAAAAUCACUGGUGCUUUUCUGCCCUGACCGACCGGCGCUGGGGCCAGAGUGGUGCGCGCGCCUGGAGCGGCUGCAGGAGCGCACCUGCCGGGAGCUCGAGUUGCACUCGGGCGGCACUGGUGGCACCUGGAGCGGGGGCCGUGCGCACCGGCUGUUGUUGCAGCUGGCGCCCCUACGUGCCUUGCAGCCCUCGCUGACAGAGGACCUCUUCUUUGCGGGCCUCAUUGGCAGCGUGCGCAUUGGGAGUAUCUUGCCUUUCAUCUUGCGCAUGGACCCUCAGCAGCUCGAGCGAGGUAUGAAGACUGACGCAGUAAGCUGAGCGUUGCUUUCUUUGGAGGCGAAAGGUGCCUUCCGACUGCGGCCAGGAGUGCCUUUACUAAGAGAAGUUGUCACGGACGCAGUGAUAUACUCAAGUCAAGUGCAGAUAUUAAAAAAAUAUAUAUAUAUAUAUGCCUGCACGGGCAACAUUUCCAAGAAGCCCAUUGAUCGUGGUGUUCAUACGCAUUUUGUACCAGCGAAGCACAAGUGAUGUUUGCGCUUUUGGAACAUUCUUAUAUGUACAUGUUGCACGUGUGAGCAGUGUCGGAAUGACGAAUUCAACACACACCAUGUUCAACAUGUAAAAACGACACAUUAAAAUCGUACGUAUAUUGCGUCGCAA